UGCUGACCUUCCAAAAGAUUUUGGUAAAUCUCAUAACAGCAAUAGACCCAGUCUUCCUUUUGGUACCAUGCUAAAGGACAAAGAUUCAUCCGCUAGUCCAACUCCAACUCAAACUCCAACAUCAUUAUCAUUACAUUGA